GAUGACUUGGACAUGGAUAGAUAGCUUUCCCUUCCUCUACUCCUCAGCCCAUGGCCAUUCCAUUGCCUUCAAAAAGGCUGCCAUUUGAGCUCUUCUUCUUUGUCUUCUCAAGGGCAGAAUGAUGGUUGCUGUGUCUUCUGGUAGAAUUGGUAUUUUCAUUGGCUCCAAGCUGCCUGAGAGUUCCAAAUUGGUGAAAAGAUGCAGUCUUUCUGUUAGCCUUGGUUUUGCUGUCCCAUUCCCUUUGAAGGGCAGAUUAUCAUCAUCUGUAGCUGUGAAUGUUCCCAAAGCAGCACCCACAGCUGCUGUGGAGGGUGGUAACAAUACUGAGACUGAUGUGAUUCCUACUCCCAAAGUUAUCAUAGAUCAGGACUCUGAUCCAGAGGCAACCAUUGUCGAAGUAACCUUCGGCGAUCGCCUUGGACCCCUUCUUGACACUAUGGGUGCACUAAAGAAUUUGGGUCUUAAUGUUGUCAAGGCUAAUGUCUUUUUGGAUUCUUCCGGCAAGCAUAACAAGUUCGCUAUAACUAAAGGGUCUACUGGCCGUAAAGUGGAAGACCCAGAGUUAUUAGAAGCAAUACGCUUGACAAUUAUUAAUAAUUUGCUGCAGUAUCAUCCGGAAUCUAGCACCAAGUUGGCAUUGGGAGAAGCUUUCGGCAUGGAGCCACCCGUGCAAAAGGUAGAUGUAGAUAUUGUGACACGGAUAAGUAUUUCUGAUGAUGGCCCUAAUCGAAGUCUACUUUUGGUGGAGACAGCAGACCGGCCUGGAUUGCUGGUUGACCUUGUUAAGAUCAUUACUGACAUUAAUAUCACUGUCCAAUCUGGAGAGUUUGACACUGAGGGAUUAUUGGCAAAAGCAAAAUUCCAUGUCAGCUAUCAAGAUAAAGCUCUUAUUAAACCAUUGCAGCAGGUGCUGAUAAAUAGUUUGCGAUACUUUUUGCGGAGGCCGACAACAGAAGAAGCAAGUUUUUAAUGUUCUAAUGGAUCAAUACAGUUUGCCUUCAGAUGAGGUUGGCUAUACUCCACUGAUUGAUCAAUUGUAGUGAGUGAAAUAUAAACUGAUUGAGGUUAGCUUGUACCUUGAUGCAAAUCAGAGUGGGGAUUUAUAAUCCUAAGCUUCUAACUAAAUCUUCAUGAUUAUAUUCAGAAGGUAUACUGUUUGAUGAGUAACCCCAAAGGUUUAUUUCUAUUUA